AUGGAUGUAGAUAACAUAAGGGAAAUGCUCUUCAAAAAAUAGAAGAGCGGAAUGUUAAAUCUGCUUUUUCAGAAGAACCCUAAAUAAAAUGAAGUAAAUAUUAGCAUAGUUUUAUCAAGUGAUCCUAACUCAAUGUUAGUACCUUAUCGUAAUAUAAAUUGUAAGCAGUUAUAAUGUUUGUAUGAUGAAGAUGAAUUAGUUUAAUUGUGCAUGAAAAACAGCAAAAAUACGAAUUAUAAAUUUAGUUUUCCUUGUAAGUGCUGUAAAACAAAAAUAAACUUUCAAGAUUUUUAUUUAGAUGAGGACCUAUAUGAGAAGAUAAAUAGAAUAUUUGGAUGUUAUAAUAAAUAAGAGGUAGUUGUUAAUGAGAUAGUACUUAAUAGGGAAGGUGAAUGUUCCCUUAAGCUUUUGAAGAGACCAGGACAAUACAUUGUCAGGGACAAAACAAUACCUUCUAUGAGGGAUUAUCAAGAUGAGGAAUACAUAUAAAUGAGAUAAUUUUUUGAAACUAAAGCUAAAGAAGUAUUUGUUUCAAAAGAUGUUAUAAUUAAUAGAAUGGGGUUGAGCUUAACUUAUGAGCAAUUAGAGCUUUUGACUGAAGAACAAACAUCAUCAGUGCCUUUGAUGGCAUUUUUACUAAAUUAUGCACAUAAUUAUUAAGAAAACUUGUAUGAACAAAAAGGUUAAAUCAAUACCAAAAAGAAUUUGUGUAUUAUAACUCUGAUAAUCUAAGGUUUAACAGCGUAGAAAUAAAUUGAUGCAGACUACUUAACAAAUUUUGAAAACUAUUAUCAAUAUCAAGAAUUGGUUAACAAUUACGAAAAUGUUGCUGUUGUUAUAUAUUACGAAAAAACUUGGUCUCUUCUUCUUGUUGAUUUGAAUUAGAACUAAAGUCAUUUCUUUAUUUUUAAGGAUCACAUGAAAGAUGAAUAUGCAGAAGUAGUUUCUGCAUUGAUAGCUGAAUAAUUUGAUCUGAAAAAUUCUGUAAUUAAUUAUGUUGAAAAUUUUAGCUUUCAUUCACCGACUGAAGCAAAAUAUAGUGGAACUCUAGUUUUCAGAUUACUAAUGUGGCUUAUUGAUCCUCCUGGAAACCCUUAGCCGUUUUCAGAGUUUUCUUAGUAGACUUUAGAGAUAAUUAAAAAACAAACAACGAUUAUUGAAUGGUUACUUUUUAAAAUGAUGAUGCAAGAUCCAAAAAAUAAUCAUAUUUUUGAAGGAUUUAAGCUUGUUCAGUCUAAAAAAAGCAUUGACAGUACCAUGCCAUCUAUUGUAUCACUUUAAGGCAUUCUAUCCCCUCCAUCCUCUAAUUAAGCGUUUGAAAAAGAAUCCAAAAAGAAGAAAAAAAAGAAAAAGAAGAAACACGAAAGCUCUCCCAUAUUAGAAGCAGAAGAAGAUUAAGAAGAUAAUUUUUAUGAACCUUAAGAAUAAUAAGAAGAUGAACAAGAUGAAAUUUUAAAUAAUUUUAACUUUUAGCAAGAGUUUGAUGAACUUAAAAGAAGAUAUUCGUAAAAUGGUAUAUUAAAUAUCCCUAAAGAAGAGCUUGAUUUAUUGGUUGAGAAACUCCAAUAUGAUGUGUCCAAAGAAAUGAAAAGGAAAAAAAAAUAAGAAUAAAUUGAAAAGGAAACAUUAGCAGAUUAUUAUAUAAACAAAAAGUUGUAAGAGUUUGAUUUAUAAAUAAAGUAAGCAAAAACUCACAAGAAAAAAAAGAAACGAAAAGAUUAUGACGAAGAAGAGGAAGAUGAGAUCUCAGAGGAUGACAUUUUAGCAUAAUAUGAAAGGGGAGAGAUAACUAAGGAAGAUGUUUUGGAAAAGCAAUAAGUAUAGCUAUCAGUUGGAGAGUUGAAGACAAUACUUAAAUAAUUUGAAGUAGAUAUGAAUAAAAGAAUUGAUUUUAAGUAGCAAAACAAUGUUUAAGAUGCAAUCGACAAAGAAAGAUAAGUUGGAGAAUAUAUGGAAUGGUAUAACACUUUUGUUUAGCUGCUUCACUAUUACUAUAAUUAUGACAUUGAGACUUACAAGCAAUUAAUUGAUGAAUACAACUUUAGAUUUCAUAGUAUGAUAUUUCAUAAAUUAGGUUUAGAUUGGUAGGCAUCAAAAAAUUCCAAGUCUAAUUAAACUAAUGAAUAGUCUUAACUUUACAAUUCUUCAAUCAAAUAAAGUUUAUAAAAUCAUUCUAGUGUUUAUAAUAAUAGUAACUUUAAAAACUAAUUUGAGAUCGGAAAUAAUAGCAAUAAUAAUUCUCUUAGAAAUAGUUAUAAUAAUAAUAAUAAUAAUAAUAAUAAUAAUAAUAAAAAUUAGAAUAGUCCUAUUGGUUUUAAUUUAGGAAGCAGUUUGGCUUUAGCAGGUAUGUCUUCAAUAAAUUAGAGCAUUAGUGAUAAAAAUUAUGCCUAUGCUUUUGGAUAGCGCUAUAAUGAAUCAGUGAUAAACAAUGAAAAUAGCAAUAUUGUUUGCUAAAGGUAUGAAAAAACUAUUACAGAAGGAGACAUCAUAAAGUUAAGGAGUGGAAAUAUAUUAACUGAAGAUGGAUUAAACUUCUUUAUAAAAUAUUUAGAAGAGAGACAGGGACAUUAGCUUUAUCUUUAUCAAUUAAAUUAAAAGGAAUUUCCAAAAGGAAUGAGAAUUCUUUAUCUUUCCUCAAGUUUUUACAAAUAUUUCACCAAAGAAAAUCCUUUACAAUAAGACAAUUUAGAUUUUAAAUGUAUGAGACAUUACAUGAAACCUUAUACAGGUCAAAAUAAUACUAUUUUUGAUAAAUUCGAUAAGAUUUUUAUACCAAUUUUACUUUCUUUAAAUGAAAUUCAUUUAGUAAUGAUAAAUCUGAAUAAAAAAGAGUUAAUUUUAUUUAUGACAUCAAAUUUUUCAGGCCAUUCUUUAGAAGCCGUUAAUAAUCCAAUUCUUUAAAAUAUAAUGAGGUUUCUUUAAAAGGAGCUGUAUGAGAAGAAAAUGUAAAACUUAAACUUUUUAAAUUGGGAGCACAAGUAUGUGUAUUUAGAUGAAACAUUUACUUAAAAAUUUAAAUAGUCAAUUCUAAAUACAGCUUUUAUAAUUAACAUGCUCUCAAAAUAGAAAGAAUAUUAAACCUUUUCAUAAUAAGAAUAUUCAUCUUUCACUUAAAGACUAAUUAAAUUAUUUUACUAAAUUGGUAUUACAAAAAAUAAAAAAAAUGAAAUAGUAAUAAAUAAUAUGCCUCUUUGA